AUGCGGUGGCUCGUCCUUUCACCAGGAUUCAAUUUCCCGGUUCCAACCAUUAUUGAAGCUCAGGCAUCUACCCAAAAGAUAGGUAGAAACGAGGUAUCACUCACAGUAUCCUGUUUAUGGCAGAACGUGCCCACAUGGCACAUUGCUUGUUUGUCAGUGUCCGACUCGCAUGGUCUCGACUCUCUCAGUUGA